GGGGGCGGGCACUGCGGCGGCGCCGGCCUACAGCCCCACAACCCCCCGGGCGUCCCGCGGCCGGCCGCGGGCUGGCGGGCGAGAGGCGGCUCCGGCGGGCGGAGGGCCGGCCGGCAGCGCGGCGGCGAUGGGGCCUUGGCUGUGUGCCCCCGCGCCCUGACGGGAAGUUAGUUUGGAAGCGGCUGAGUUGUUCAGCACCACUAGUGAUGGAGAAUAAAAUCAGAUGGACUGAACAGAAAAGAAACUCCAGGUCUGCAGAAAUUGAGGGCUUUCUGAAUUAGAUCCAGUAACACAUUUUUCCUACUUCUAAAAGCUGCUGAGGUUUCUCUUGACUUGGACACACUGCUGCCUGCCAGUUUCCCAGGAAGGACAAGACCCUUGUGUCCAACCAGCCUGUCUGCCACCUGCAUUUUGACAGCCUGCUGCAUCAGGGCGUCAUUCAACUAACCUAUCCAGGGACCCCCACUGACAGCAUCACUGAAUCAAAUCCCUUACAACAACCAGUCAAAUCUCCAGAGGCUUACACAAAACGAACUUCAGCUCAAGAUUUUUAUUAUACAAAAUACAGUUGCAGAAAACAACCUCUGUGGGCAAGCAUGGGCUGCCGGGAUGUUCAUGCAGCAACCGUACUGGCCUUCCUCAGUGGAACAGCCUCAGUAGCUGGACUCCUUGCAGCAGUUCUGCUUCCAAACUGGAGGCAAAUGAGACUGUACACAUUCAACAAGAAUGAGAGGAAUGUGACCAUUUACACGGGACUCUGGAUUAAGUGCGCUCGCUUUGAUGGGAGCAGAGACUGUGUGAUAUAUGACCCACAGUGGUACACUGCUGUCGAUCAACUGGAUUUGCGUGUUCUUCAGUUUGCCCUUCCACUGAGUAUGUUAACUGCCGUCUCAGCUCUGUUUCUCUGCUUGAUUGGCAUGUGUAACACAGCCUUUGUAUCAAGCGUGCCAAACAUCAAAUUGGCCAAAUGCCUUGUAAACAGUGCCGGCUGCCAUCUCGUGGCUGGCCUCUUGUUCCUGCUGGCAUGUGCCAUUUGUCUCACUCCAUCAAUCUGGGUCAUCUUUUAUAACAAUUAUCUGAACAGAAAAUAUGAGCCUGUCUUUAGCUUUGACAUCUCUGUAUUUAUUGCCAUUGCCAGUGCUGGCGGUCUGUUUUUCACUUCCGUUCUGCUGUGUCUGUGGUACUGUGCAUGUAAAAGCCUACCUUCUCCUUUCUGGCAGCCCCUCUAUUCCCAUGCCCCUAGCAUGCACAGCUAUGCCUCUCAGCCGUAUUCUGCACGCUCUCGCCUCUCUGCCAUGGAAAUUGACAUUCCUGUUGUGACACAUGCAUCUUAAGAAGACAGAGUCUUGGAAGCCAAGUUCUUGUGCUCAUUCAAACGGUGAAAAUUGCAGGCUUGGUUCUCUCUGCUGCCUUGCACUGAGCAUAGUCAUUUGUAAGGUCAGGUUUCCCAAGGUGCAAAGCAAUGGAGACCUGAGUUCAGCAAGUCGGUUGCUGUUCUGGUGUGUUACUUCCUGACUGCUUUUUUGGUGUGGUUUUUUUAACUGAGCUCACUACAUAUAAAAUUGCUGCUGGUGCUGGGACAGUACAUUAAACAAUGGUGUCUGUUCAUCCUUCUGCUUACUGAGGUCAAAGCAGGUUUGAACCUUUUUGCUGUCCGAUAAGCUAUUAUUAGAUUCUGAUCCCAUCGUAAGAGCUGCAUAGGUGGACCUUGCACCCAUGCAUUAUCCAAAUGCAGGCAGUGGAACCGGGUGCAGGGGGUCACUGAGUUUCUUGCUCUUCUAGACACACGUAUUUCAAGAUGCGAUGUCUGAAAAGGGUAUUUGGCAGACUGACUGCAGAACUUGCAGCACUGUUUUUUGUUUUCGACUGCAGACACAAAAAGCUACCCGCUUCUGAACUUUGGAAAUAGAAUUAUUGUCAUAUUACCCUUUAUUUUCAAAGUAGCUAUCAGAAGAAAUAAAAUUGAUUUAACUAAUAAUUUUUUCUGUACUGUAAUAGCAUUUAGUGAAUUACUGGAGGCUAGAAACAUUUUUUUUAAUUUUUUUCUAGUCUUUUUCAGUAAGUUAGCAAAUUCACUAGAUCUACUUUGUGAUUAAAACAAAAACCACUUGUAUGUAAAAAUUCUGGUUAGAAGCUUGAAUAUUUUAUUUGAAGGCCAUCUUAAAGAUGGAUUUUCAAGUAGGCUUUGAAGUAUUACUCGGUUCUGGAGAGAAUUGUCACUCACUGCAAAACAGAUUAGGAAAACCAUGAAGAAUUCUGAAGGCUAUGAAAGAUUCUUUUGGAGUACUGUACACAGGCUAUAACAACAUCUCUCUAGGAAGGGGUUUAUAACCCCAGGGAGAGAUUUUUAAAUCUAGAUUGUGUUUUGUUGGGGUUUUUUUUUUGUUAAAUGUAUAUAAAAGUAACAAUGAGCUUGUAUAUUUUUCAGAGUUGAUCUUUAUGGUUGUUGGAGUUUUCAUGCUGUAGCUUAUAUAAUUACUGAUUAAGACAACCUUUUCAGCCUUGUUCUUCAACACUUUUCAAGUUGAGCUAUUUUAAAAUUGAGUUAAAGUCCAGUUAUUUCCUAUGCUGCCACUUCACAACUGGACAAAGUUUCCCAUUCCUGUUUUCUGUAAGAUGAGGUUUUGAGUAACUCGUGAACUUCACAUUGUAGCUCUACAAGGAUGAGGAGAGAUUAUAGACUCCCAACCUUGGAUGUCUUUAAAUAUUAUUUUUUUUCCUUCUAAGGUGCAGAGCAGGUCAGCCCCAAGGUUCAAAGCUUUUCAAUAUGGGCUUUGAAACUACUUGGAAAAUUGAUGACAGUGAGUUGAAGAGUGUUACAAUUAAGACAAGUAUUUGAUUUGCCAAGACUUUGGCAAAUUAAGCUCUUCUGUUUAAGAUGCCAUUCCAGUAAGGAAAGUUAUAUUUGUAUUAAUUCCACAACAGAUUUUCAUUGCUAAAAAAUCAAAUAGAUUUCUUUAAUUCCAGUUCUGCAAACUCAUCUGAGAUCCUGAAAGUCAGUUUUGUUCCUUUUCCAUGCAUUAGAAAUAGGAACAAAUGCUGUGCCGAGCAAAUCUUGUUCUGUUACAAUCUGUGUGGUAACAGUAUGAGGAAUCAUUGUGUUUUAACUGGUAGACCUCAGACUUCAGUGGACUGAGUGAGGACACUGAUACCUGUCGUAAAUUCCCAGCAGAGUCAAUAAACAGACAGGCCUUUCAGACAGAGUGCUUGAUUAAAUUGCAGUCUAAGGAAUUAACGCUGUAGAUGAUAAAGAAUACUUAACGAGGUAGGCUUCUAAAGUUACAUGGAUUUAAUACCCUCUUAGGUUUACAAGGUAUGAUGUUAGAUGAAGUAUCUUUUUUCUUUUAAUCAGAUCAGUACUUGUAUGGGAUUAGAACAUGUAUAAUGACAUGCAAGCCUGCUUUUUUUUUUUCUUCAAAAUUGAACUUUGUUUUGCAGUUACUGUGGUGGUCCAACUUCAGAUACUGUUGCUGUUUCAGCUGCCUGUAUCCUUAGAUGCUUUGUCAGGUCAAAGCAAAGGGACCACUGGUUUGCCACUUCAUGUCAGCUUGCUUCCCCAUUGCUCCAGUGUCUUUUCUUCUUUGUGCCUUGCUUAAGUUAUGAAUUGGCCAGUAAAUGUUUAGUUUACAGUCAGUGUCUGGUAUGCUUUUUGAGCCUGAAUUUACAAAGCAUUUUGGUCAUUUUGGAGGGAUGAAUACAUCUCUCUGUGACUUUAAAAGGAGCUGAAUCUUCAGCAUCUCCAGAGCAAGAGAGGCAGCCUGGCAAACUGAUGUUUUCUAUGAGAGAGUAAAUGCAGCCAGUGUUUUGUUCUGUACACUUUAAAUAGCAGAUGUCUCUGACAGCUCUUUUGUAUUAUGACUUUGAUUUUUAUGCACUAAACUUUCAAUCAGUAUUGCUGCUGCCUAAGCUAAUAACUUGUUGCUUUGAAAAUUGUGUCUUUCCAAAAGUCUGAGAUGGAUCUGAGCUAUGAAAAGUGGGGAUCCAAAAGUUAGUGGAUUCCAGCGUAGUUUUAUUAAGAAGACCAUUGCAUCAUGUAUCACCGAAGCGCAGCUGGAUUUCUUUCAACAGUGCUGUUAACGUGAGUUUCUGCUGGAUCCUAAGUGAAAUUAACUGGAAGUGUUGUGCUGUAUUCCUCCUUUACAGAAAGAGGUGGCCAACCUGUGACGCUUGAGCCAAAUGGUGCCACUCCAGCAUUUCGCUUGCUAAGGUUACCAUCAUGCCCAGCAGCAGGGCUGGGGAGUGACAGGCCUCCCUGGAUCUGGGGAGAGGAACGCCUGUAUCUCUGCCAGAGAACAGCUGCUGUGGAGCAGUUAGCACCCCUGCCUCUGACCAGCUGCUCGCUCCUCAGCACUGUGCUGUGUGCAGGGCAGGCACUCUGGCUCUUGAGCACAGGAAGAUUUUAAUUUGUGGCUCAUGGAGUCAAAGGCUCGGUGCUUUGGGAUUACAGGAACAUGUAUUUUUUCCAAGUAAUUCCUGUCCAGCGUCUUAAAUUGUGUUUAAUUACAAUGUUGGUUCUUUUUAUGUGAAACUAAAGAUACGUAUUUUUAAUAAAACAGUCUCAUAAGAUGCA